AUGUCAAACAAAGUUUCAUCUGACGAAAUAGCCCCAGAUACUCCAACUCCAUUUGACUUACUAUCCUCAUAUGGUUUGCAAUUGAAACAUAUUGAUACAGCAAUUGCAUUAUAUGAUUAUAAAGGUAAUCAAAAUUCACAAUUGACUUUAAAUUUAGGUGAUACUGUAUAUAUUUUAGCAAAAUCCGCCACUGGUUGGUGGGAUGGAGUAGUAAUUGGAAAUAAUGGAGAAUUAAAUAGAGGCUGGAUUCCUCAUAACUAUGUACGAUCAGUAAAUUAUGUUCAACCUGUAUUGAAAAAGAUGAAGGAUAACAAAGAAUUAGAUACUAUUACUGCUGCAAAUACAGCUGCAAAUGUUUUAAUACCAUCUUUUACAAAUUAUCUACAAAAGAGUUUAAAUGAAUCAGAGAAAAACACUCCAAUAAAUUCAACAAGAAAAAAUUCAGUAGUUAGUUUUGCAAGUUCAGAAACUAGUAUACCUUCAGAAUCUAAGCACCUGAAUCUACAACCAAGUCAAAUAGAUGAAGUAAAUGAAAGUAGUCGGAAUUCUUCAAGUGUAGCAGAUGCUACUGAAAUAGAUUAUUCACAUCAACCUUCAUUUUCUCAUACAAUUUCAGGUAAUGAGGAAGAAGAUAUAGUUUUAGUAGAUAUAGAGGAAGCUGAGAAGUUAGUGGAAGAUUAUAAGAUUAAAAAUAAUAGAACAGUUACAUGGUUACCAAGAUAUACUUCGAGAGGCGAUUUUGUGUUUUAUUGUCAUCAAUUGAACAUUUAUUGUGAAUCAGUUGCUUUAUCAGAAUUUGAUCCUCAGUUUUUACCACCCAAUUUAGAAUAUGCAGAUUCCGACGUUAUUAAGGAUACUUCUGUUUUACAACUAAAGGCUUAUCAAAACACCGAUAGUAGUUUGGGACAAAGAGAAUCGUCUUCAACAACUUCAUUUGAUUCAUUAAAAAGAGAUUCUCAUUCAUCAGUAAGUUCUCAAAGCACCCAAGCAUCCUAUCAUCAUUUCACUAAACCAUUUUUUGCAAUGGAUAACUUAUUUUAUAAACAUUCUUCGGACAUAAGUCAUUUUACCAAAUUAAAAGAAGAAGUAAUUUAUAUUUUAGAACUUAUUGAACACACUUUACAAACUGAUAAUUCUUUGAUGUUCAAUACUCAUUUUGCUAGAUUAAAUAAAUUGACUGUAUUGAUAUGUGCAUCUGCAAGAUUAAAUCAGGCCGAUUUUAUUAAUGGAAAGUAUGACAAGGAGAUUACUUAUAGAUUAAGAAAAAUUUGUUUAUCAUUUUCUCAAUUAUACGUUGAUGGAACACUACAUUUGAAUAGAGCAAAACCAAAUAUUACCAUAAGUUUGAAUGAAGAGCCCUUGAGUUUGGAAGACAGUUAUCAAGGUUCAAAUAUAUCAUUUGAAGAAUCAAACGUAGAAAAUUCAGAAAAUUCAACGAACGAUGUUUAUUUUAUCAGAGCUAAAAAAGAUAUUCAAACAAUGAAGAAUAAUGCUACAAAAUAUAUCACAAUAUUCACCAAAAUUACUGCUAAUAAGACUGUAAGCUCUAAAGAUUACGAUUCUUCUGGUGGAUCGGAUGAUGAAACUCAAGAUAGAUCCGAUGUUUUACCACAAUCAUAUCCUAGAUAUAUUUCGAAUGAAUUUAAUGGUGGAAAUUGGUGCAACCCAUUCUUCUUUUCACAAAAUAGCUUUUUAAAUGUUAGUGGGAAUGAGCUAAAAAAUAGAUACCAUUUGAAAAUUUUAUUAGAUAAUCAAGCAUUAGAUUCUGUUUAUCAUUGUGUUGAAGAAAUGAUUAAGGUGACUCAAGAUGCUUUGAAUAUUUUAAAAGCACAAUCUGGUGUUGAUGAUCCAAUGGAAAGAAACUCAUUGAUAUUAAGAUUAAUAUAUAAAUAUCUUCAUCAUUCUAGUUCAUUAAUAGAUCUUAUGGAAUCUUUUGAUUUUACGGUAUUUUGUUUAGUUAAAAAAAAUGAUUUCAGUGAUGACAUAAAUAAGGAAAAGUUAAGAAAAUCAGUUGCAACUUUAUCAAUUGGUGACAAUCAAAGUAAUUCAAAUUCAAAUUUAAGUUUUGAUUAUCCUAUUGUCUUGGACUUUUUCCAAUUUAAACAAGAAUUUCAUAAUUUAGUGAUGAAUAUCAUAAUGGCUACUCAAUCAUUAUCAUCUGAAACUAAUGUCAAUAUGAUGAGAGAAUCUAUCAAGAAAGAUCCAUUAUACUAUGAUAAAGAAAUUUUAAAAAAUUCUACAGAAAGAACAGCUUUACUACUAACAAAUGUUUUACUUAAAACGGAAAACCCAUCAGAUGUUGUUUCAGAAAAUUUAAACAAUGAUACUUUAUUAGCUGACUAUUUGAAUGAAGGAAUAGAAGCUUGUGACACAAUUGUUGAAUUAACUCAAAAAUUAAUUGAUGAACGUGAAGGUAUACUAAAUUAUUCAACUCGUGUAAUGCAUGACGAUUUUGAUGUACAAUUAUUGUUGUUAGAAAGAAAUAAUACAAUACCUGCAGAAAAAACUGAAGAGCAUUCUUAUUAUAGUGGAGGUCAAAAUAACGCUAUUGAUGUCCCUUGGUAUCUUCAAGGUGAUGAUGAACAUGAUUUAUUGUUGGAUGUAAAAGGUAAUAUAAAAGGUGGUACAAAAGAAGCAUUAGUAUCACAUUUAACACAUCAUGAUAUGUUUGAUAGUCAAUUCAAUGCUGCAUUCAUGUUAACUUUAGCAACUAUGAUGUCAUUAGGAGAGUUUAUUAUGUUAUUGAUCAAUAGAUUUGAUAUAUAUGCACCAGAAGGAUUAAGUUUUGAAGAUUAUAAUAAUUGGAUAAUGAGAAAACAAAAUCCUAUAAGAUUAAGAGUUAUGAAUAUAAUGAAAUUAUUAAUCGAAAAAAAUUGGUCACCAUCAUAUUAUAAUGAACCAGUUUUGAAAAAAUGGUUAGAAUUUGCAGAGUCUCCAGCCGUACAAUCUUUUUCAAUAGGUAGAUUAUUAGCAUCAGACCUAAAAAAAUUAAUAGCAGGAGAAUUUAAAAUUGUUGAAAGACAACCAGUUAUAUCAAAUGCUAAACCACCAGCUCCAUUAACUAAAGGUUCAUCAUUACUGAGAAAAGUUAAAUUAUUAGACAUUGAUUAUGUUGAAUUAGCAAGACAAUUAACUUUAAGGGAAUUUAAAUUAUAUUGUGAAAUUUCAAAAUUUGCAUGUGUAGCAAAAGUUUGGGGUAAAAAAUCAGGAUUAAAUGAAAGUAUUGAUAGUAUAACUUCAUUUAUAAAAGCAUCAAAUCAAUUAACUAAUUUUGUUGCAUUUAUGAUAUUAAGAAAAAAUGAGCCUAAAAAAAGAGUUCAAAUUAUAAGAUAUUGGAUUCAAGUUGCUGAAAAAUGUAGACAAUAUAAUAAUUUUUCAUCAAUGACUGCUAUUAUAUCAGCAUUAUAUUCAUCUCCAAUUCAUAGAUUAAGAAAAACUUGGAAUUUUGCAAGUCCAGACUCUUUAGCUCAUUUAAAGAAUAUGAAUAAAUUAAUGAAUUCAACAAGAAAUUUUAAUGAAUAUAGAGAUGUCUUGAAAUUUAUUGGGUCGGAACCUUGUGUACCAUUUUUUGGAGUGUAUUUAUCUGAUUUAACAUUUGUAUUUCAUGGAAACCCUGACUUUUUAAUAAAUAGAACUAGAAUGAUUAAUUUUUCCAAAAGAUCAAAAACAAGUGAAAUUGUAUCAGGCAUUGAUAGAUUUAAAAAUGCUGGUUAUAAUUUUAUUGAAAUCCCUGAAAUUCAAAAAUAUUUAGAUCUGUGGUUUGAUAAAUGUCCUACAAUUGAAGAGCAAUAUAAGAUUUCUUUAAGUCUUGAAAAAAAAGUUUAA